AUGUUCUCGGGACCAAUCCAGUGUUCCAGUAUUUAUUGUACUUCGGACAGACGAGCUAAAGAAAACAUCAAGCAACUUGACGAAUCCUACUGUGAAAACUUCUUCAAGGCAGAUGUAUUCACAUAUAACUGCAUUGGAUCGGAAGAAACCAUUCCAAAUAUUGGCUUCAUUGCUCAAGACUUGAAUCGCCUUGGCUACAUGAAUCUGUUGACUCUUACUCCAAAUGAAAACAUGAAGAAAGAAAAUGAUGAUGACAUCGAAGGAGCUCAAAUGAACAUAGACUACAAUAAGAUCACAGUCAUCAACUUGAUGAUGAUCAAGAAAUUGAAGAAGCGUAUUGAAGAACUAGAAGCAAAAAUGGGCCAACUAAUAUAG